AUGUGCCAGUCUGGAUAUGCCAUUCCUCAGGGUCACAUCCCAACAGGAGACAACUACGGAUGCUCAGAACCAGACCCGUGUGAGCAGUACUCUACCCUGUCAGAGCCGUGGAGGAACGCUGACAUGGCCCGGUCCAGGGACGACUCUGCUCUGCAAGAGGGCUGGUUCCGCUUCAGUGGGGUAGGGGGUGACGUGCUGGAUGGCGUCUGCAUGGACGCACGAUCUCCACUGGAGGGAGACCAGCUCCUGGGUCUCAGGACGAAUUCAUAUGGAAGCGUUCGUGGCACGACAAAUCUGGCGCUGUAUGUUAAGAACUCAACUGGGUGCACUCGAGUAAGACACGUGAAGGUGAAAAUGUGCAAGCGAGACUCUGUGUACUACUUUGUGCACUGGCUCAAACCCACAGCAGUCAACCAAAGCUACUCCACACGUCACCUUUUCUGCAGGGAAAGAUCUUGUGGUGAACAUGCCAAGUGUGGUGAGAAUGGGGCCUGUGUGUGCCAGUCUGGAUAUGCCAUUCCUCAGGGUCACAUCCCAACAGGAGACAACUACGGAUGCUCAGAACCAGACCCGUGUGAGCAGUACUCUACCCUGUCAGAGCCGUGGAGGAACGCUGACAUGGCCCGGUCCAGGGACGACUCUGCUCUGCAAGAGGGCUGGUUCCGCUUCAGUGGGGUAGGGGGUGACGUGCUGGAUGGCGUCUGCAUGGACGCACGAUCUCCACCGGAGGGAGACCAGCUCCUGGGUCUCAGGACCAAUUCAUAUGGAAGCGUUCGUGGCAUGACAAACCUGGCGCUGUAUGUUAAGAACUCAACUGGGUGCACUCGAGUAAGACACGUGAAGGUGAAAAUGUGCAAGCGAGACUCUGUGUACUACUUUGUGCACUGGCUCAAGCCCACAGCAGUCAACCAAAGCUACUCCACACGUCACCUUUUCUGCGGGGAAAGAUCGUGUGGUGAGCAUGCUGAGUGUGGUGAGAAUGGGGCCUGUAUGUGCCAGUCUGGAUAUGCCAUUCCUCAGGGUCACAUCCCAACAGGAGACAACUACGGAUGCUCAGAACCAGACCCGUGUGAGCAGUACUCUACCCUGUCAGAGCCGUGGAGAAACGCUGACAUGGCCCGGUCCAGGGACGACUCUGCUCUGCAAGAGGGCUGGUUCCGCUUCAGUGGGGUAGGGGGUGACGUGCUGGAUGGCGUCUGCAUGUACGCACGAUCUCCACCGGAGGGACACCAGCUCCUGGGUCUCAGGACGAAUAGGGAGGGAAAGUAA